GCUCCUCCUCGCACUCCCUCAAGUAUUUCCUCACCUCCAUGUCAGACCCCACACAGGGGCUGCCCCACCUUGUCGCUGUGGGGUACGUGGACGAUCAAGUCUUCGUUUACUAUGACAGCAACAGCAGGAUGCUUCAGCCUCGAGUCUCCUGGAUGGAAAAGGUGGGGAAGGAGGACCCCCAGUUUUGGGACGCUCAGACCCAGAUAGCGCGUGGCACCGAGGAGGUGUUCAGAGCACGCCUGGAGACUCUGAGGACUCUCUACAAUCUGAGCGAAGGCCUUCACACCUGGCAGUGUAUGUACGGCUGUGAGCCCCGGGGAGACAGGAGCAAAGGAGGGUUUUUGCUCUAUGGAUACAAUGGGAGAACUUUCAUCAUGUUUGACAAGGAGACCCUCACCUGGGUGGUUUCUGAGCCCCAGGCCCAGAUUACCAAGAGGAAAUGGGAUGCUGAUUCAGGACGAAAUCAGGGAUUGAAGGUCUACCUGGAACAAAUCUGCAUUGAGUGGCUGGAGAAGUUCCUGUCCUACGGGAAGGAGACGCUGCUGAGGACAGGGAUGGAAACUCACGUCUGCCGCGUGGAUGGCUUCUACCCCAAGGAGAUCGAUGCCUCCUGGAGGAGGGACGGGGAGGUCUGGCUGCAGGACAACUUCCAUGGGUCUGUGGCCCCCAAUGCAGAUGGGACCUACCACUACUGGCUCAGCCUCCGGAUCGAUCCCCAAGAGAGGGACCGCUAUCAGUGCCACGUGGAGCACGACGGCCUGCAGGAGCCUGUGGAUGUGGCCGUGAAGGUUCCAGAAUCCAAUCAGGGGCUCAUCAUCGGCUGUGUUGUGGCUGUUGUGGCUGUUGUUGUCCUGGUGAUUGUUGUGAUCUUGGGGUAUCGCAAGAAACGUCUAGAAGGCUACGAGGAAACAUCAAGAAGCGUCAAGAUCAUUUAGCAGCCACCUGGCAGCACAACUUUGGGGCUGCAGACUCCCCACGGGGGAGAGAGGAAAGAAGAGCGAUCAACCUUCUGCUGAGUUACACUGUUCUCUUAGGAGGACCUCUUCAGGCCCUUCCAGCUGGCUGUCACUAGGAUGUAUUUCGGGUCUUUCAUGAGU